CUUACUGCUUAUUGUUUUGUGUUGUCUCUCCCUCAUGGUGGCUGUCACCUCCUGUACUCCUUGAUCAUUUAUUAUGAACUCCAAUUUGAGUGAUCUUUGUGGGAAUCUUGAGAGUCUAGUUUGGGCAUGCUUUCUUUCUGAAAGCAUUUAUGUCAGCUUUGGCUUGGAGCCAGGGAGUUUAACUGGGGCCACACUUCAGUUCUUACUUUUUGCUUCUGGCCCAGGGCUCAGUGUCCUGAUUCCACCACCACUGCUUUACUGGUACCACAACUGUACUCUUGACUGCUAGGUUUAAUUUCUAGUUCAAGGUUUGUUGCUGUUGGGGGGGUGAGGGUAGCUUUAAAUGUUCCCAUAUUUCUAUGAGCUCAGCAAAAACAUCUAAAAAGUAUUUCUUUUUUAAAUCUAGGAUCUACUUUUUUUUUUUUUGUAAUUGUAGAGUCCCCCAGAGUAACUGGUUCACCAUAACUGAUAGGAUUAAAAGUUCUUUAUUUUAAUAUUUAAUUUUAGUAGUAUAUUUAUUUUAGUUUGUAUCAGAAAAAUCUGUCAUAGCAAACAUAGGAUUUCCUGGUGAUAUUAAAAUUUCUAUUAAAGCAAGUUUACAUCUAAGUUAAAAUUUUAGUUAUUCUAAAGAAAAUUAUUGAGUAAAUAACAGUACAGGUAACAAGUGUAUUACACAGUGUAUCCUCUGGACUCAUAGUGACCCCACUGAGAUAAAACCUGUGAUGACUGAACAGUGUGAAAACUACUGUCAAAGCUAUGGUCAGGGUGCUCUGGACUUACAGAGAAGAGGUGCACACAUAAACUUGGUGGUAGUGGGAAGAUCAGGAAAUGCUUCCUGGGAUUCAGUAUUAAGGACUGGUAGGCAUGAGGUGGUUGUAGAAUAAGAUUUGUUUAGUAAGGAAGGGCAUUUGGAUAUGACUGGCUUCUAGGUUGUGUGUCAUGGAGUGACUGGAGAGAAAAGCAGGACUAGCAUCAAAACAGGCCUUCUAUGUUUAUAGUAGGGAGGUUGGACUUUAUUCUGAAGAUGAAGGGAAGCUAUUGAACAGUUUUAAGCAGUAAAAUGGUAUGAUCAGAGUUUUAGAGGAUGCUAAGAUUGACCAGUUAGGAGACUGCUUUAGUUAGUUCAGGAGAGAAAAGAUGAAGGUACAACUAAGGCAAGUGGCACUGGGCAUCAAGAAGUGUAUGUGUGCUAAUUUUAGAUUUCUUAGGGAAGUAGAAAUGACAGGACUUAGUGGUAAGUUGGAUAGAAAUGUUGAAGUCUGGGGAGUCUAGAUUGACUCCCAGGUUCUUGGUUUGGGUAAUCAGGUGGCAUGUAGAGCAAUUAACUAAUAAACAGCAUACAGAAAGAGGAAAGAACUUGGUUUCAUUUGUUUGUUUUUGAGGAAAAAGAUGUUUGUAUUUGAACUUACUGAAUCUGAGGGGCUUGUGGGACAUCUUGGUUAAGAUCCAGAAGUAGUUGAUAGGGAGGUUCUAGAAGUCAAGAGAUGCAACCCAGCCUGGGGAGAUUUGGAAGUCUUUCAGCAGUUGGAAGUUUGGAAGCAAUUGUUUCCUAUAGUGCAGUAUGAGAUAAUUUAAAAUGGUACAUAGAUAAACACUUGAAAAAUUUUUAAUAGGUAAGAAUUUAAUGUGUAUGAAAAACAUAACUUGCACAUCAAACCUAUGAUACCAUGGACAUUAUCACUUAGGCCAAGUGAGCUCAAUAAAAGGGAAAUAUUAAGUAAAAUACAUGUAACAUGUGGAAAUGGCAAAAAUCAUGGUGAAGCUAUGCAAAUGAUGGAAGUUCAGAAAGUGUUGUCUUAAGCCAUGGGUGUGGUGGAUGAGGUCACCCAAGGAGAGAGUAAGAGUGAGAAGAAAAGAGAGUUGACAUUUGGGUGGCAGGGAAUGGAGAAGAAGAGCCCAUGAAGGAGACUGAGGAAGAGCAGCCAGACGAAUAGGAGGAGAACCAGGAGAAGAUGGUCUUUGGAGUCCAAAUGAAGAGUUCUGAGGAGGAAGUGGUCCACAGCGUCAAGAUCGUGCACCAUGGACAAUUCUGCUGAGGGAGAUUGCGCUGUAACAGAUUAUGCCUUGUUAGAAGAUUGCCCUUAUGUGGAUGAUUGUGUCUUUGCUCCUGAAUUUAUGACUGAUGAUUAUGUUCGUGUGACUCAGCUUUACUGUAAUGGGUUGGGUAUGCAAUAUAAAGAUUAUGUCCAAAGUGAGAGAAAUUCAGAAUUUGACAUCUGCAGUAUAUGGUGUAAUAAACCAAUUUCUGUUCUGCAAGAUUAUUGUGAUGCCAUUAAAAUAAACAUAUUCUGGCCACUUCUGUUUCAACAUCAAAAUAGUUCUGUAAUAUCACGAUUGCAUCCCUGUCUGGAAGCCAACAAUUCUCGUGCUUCUGAGAUAAGUUUGAAGAAAUUACAACAUCUUGAGUUGAUGGAAGAUAUUGUGGAUUUGGCAAAGAAAGUUGCUAAUGAUUCUUUCCUUAUUGGAGGCUUAUUGAGAAUUGCUUAUAAAAUAGAAAAUAAAAUCUUGGCAAUGGAGGAAGCUUUGAAUUGGAUAAAAUAUGCAGGCGAUGUAACAAUUCUAACUAAAUUAGCGUCAGUUGACAGUUGUUGGCCUAUGUUAAGUAUUUUCUUUACUGAAUACAAGUAUCACAUAACUAAAGUUAUAACAGAAAACUCCAAUUUGCUUGAAGAGUUUAAAGCCCAAACUUGUGCGGACUGUAUAGAGCAAGGAGAACUAAUGAAAAUGAAAGGAAAUGAAGAGUUUGCCAAAGGAAGAUUUGAUAUAGCUAUUAUCUAUUACACCAGAGCCAUUGAAUAUAGACCUGAAAACCACCUUCUUUAUGGUAACAGAGCUCUUUGCUUUCUUCGUACUGGACAGUUCAGAAAUGCCCUUGGUGAUGGAAAGAGAGCCACCAUUCUGAAGAGCACUUGGCCAAAGGGUCAUUAUCGUUAUUGUGAUGCUCUUUCUAUGCUGGGGGAAUAUGACUGGGCCCUGCAAGCAAACAUAAAAGCUCAAAAACUCUGUAAAAAUGACCCUGAGGGAAUCAAGGAUCUAAUUCAGCAGCAUGUAAAGUUACAAAAACAAAUAGAAGACUUACAAGGUCGAACACCAUAUAAGAAUCCAAUUAAAGCCUUUUAUGAAAGUAGGGCCUCCACACCUAGGAGUUUGUCAGCACCUAGAUUUAGUACUUCACUUAACUUUGUGGAGAAGGAAAGAGAUUUCAGAAAAACUAACCACGCGAUGGCAAACGGCGGUAAUCAGAAUCUAAAGGUGGUAGAUGAGGCUUUGAAGGCAGAUGAUUGUGACUGUCAUCCUGAAUUUCCACCACCGUCAAGUCAGCCUCCCAAACACAAAGGAAAACAAAAAUCUCGAAAUAAUGAAUCGGAGAAGUUCAGUUCUAAUUCACAGUUGACUUUACCAGUAGAUUUGAAAAACAUCUUGGAGAAACAAUUUUCGAAAUCUUCAAGAGCUGCACACCAGGAUUUUGCUAAUAUAAUGAAAAUGCUGAGAAGCUUAAUUCAAGACGGGUACACAGCCCUGUUGGAGCAGCGCUGCCGCAGUGCUGCACAGGCCUUCACAGAGUUGCUGAAUGGUUUAGAUCCUCAAAAAAUAAAGCAAUUGAACCUGGCCAUGAUUAACUAUGUCUUGGUAGUCUAUGGACUUGCCAUUUCUCUUCUUGGAAUAGGACAGCCUGAGGAAUUAUCUGAAGCUGAAAACCAGUUCAAGAGGAUUAUUGAACACUACCCCAAUGAGGGGCUUGACUGCUUGGCCUACUGUGGAAUUGGAAAAGUAUAUUUGAAAAAAAACAGAUUUCUAGAAGCUCUCAAUCACUUCGAGAAAGCAAAAACCUUGAUUUAUCGUCUUCCUGGAGUGUUAACUUGGCCCACAAGUAAUGUGGUUAUUGAAGAGUCUCAGCCACAGAAAAUAAAGAUGCUGUUAGAGAAAUUUGUUGAAGAAUGCAGGUUCCCUCCAGUGCCAGAUGCCACUUGUUGCUAUCAGAAGUGCCAUGGAUAUUCCAAAAUCCAGAUUUACAUAACUGAUCCAGACUUUAAGGGUUUUAUACGUAUCAGCUGUUGCCAGUACUGUAAAAUAGAAUUUCACAUGAACUGUUGGAAGAAGUUAAAAACAACAACCUUUAAUGAUAAAAUUGACAAGGAUUUUCUACAAGGAAUUUGUCUUACCCCUGACUGUGAAGGUAUCAUUUCUAAGAUUAUCAUCUUCAGCAGUGGUGGUCAAGUUAAAUGUGAAUUUGAACACAAGGUCAUAAAAGAAAAGGUUCCUCCAAGACCUAUUCUGAAACAGAAAUGUUCUAGCCUAGAGAAGCUAAGACUGAAGGAAGACAAAAAAUUGAAGAGAAAGAUCCAAAAAAAGGAAGCAAAAAAAUUAGCACAAGAAAGAAUGGAAGAAGACUUAAGAGAAAGUAAUCCACCCAAAAAUGAAGAGCAGAAAGAAACUGUAGACAGUGUUCAGAGCUGUCAGUUCAUUGACGACAGAAUUCUACAGUGCAUAAAGCAGUAUGCUGACAAGAUUAAAUCUGGUAUACUGAAUACUUCCAAGCUUCUCAAAGAAUUGCUUUCUUGGAAAGUUUUGAGCACAGAAGACUAUACAACCUGUUUUUCUAGCAGAAAUUUUCUAAAUGAAGCAGUGGACUAUGUCAUUCGUCACUUGAUUCAAGAAAAGAAUAGAGUCAAGACAAGGAUAUUUCUGCAUGUUUUAAGUGAGCUUAAAGAAGUAGAGCCAAAAUUAGCCACUUGGAUCCAGAAACUUAAUAGCUUUGGCUUAGAUGCCACCGGACCUUUUUUUUCUCGUUAUGGAGCACCUCUUAAGGAGCUUGAUUUUAGCAUCAUGACUUUUCUCUGGAAUGAGAAAUAUGGUCAUAAAUUAGGCUCUAUAGAAGGAAAGAAACUUGAUUAUUUCUAUGAGCCAACAUCAUUGAAGGAAGCACGUUGUUUAAUAUGGCUCCUAGAAGAACACAGAGACAAAUUCCCAGCACUGCACAGUGCUUUAGAUGAAUUCUUUGAUAUAAUGGACAGCCGCUGUACUGUGUUAAGGAAACAAGACAGUGGUGAAGCUCCGUUUAGUUCUACCAAGGUGAAAAACAAAGGAAAGAAAAAGAAGCCAAAAGAUUCAAAGCCUAUGUUAGUUGGGUCUGGGACAACUUCAGUAACACCAAAUGAGACUUCUUCAGGUGAAAACCAUAACAGGCGAAAUUCAGAUUCUGCAGGCCCAUUUGCAGUGCCUGAUCAUCUUCGGCAAGACCUAGAAGAGUUUGAAGCUCUCUAUGACCAGCACAGUAACGAAUACGUUGUCCGCAAUAAGAAGUUGUGGGAUAUUAACCCAAAACAAAAAUGUUCAACUCUAUAUGAUUACUUCUCUCAGUUGUUGGAGGAACAUGGUCCUUUGGAUAUGAGUAACAAGAUGUUCUCUGAAGAAUAUGAGUUUUUCCCAGAAGAAACACGACAGAUACUAGAAAAAGCAGGAGGUUUAAAAUCUUUUCUCCUGGGAUGUCCUCGUUUUGUUGUGAUUGACAACUGUAUUGCAUUGAAGAAAGUUGCAUUACGGCUCAAGAAAAAAAGGAAGAAGAAAAACAUUAAAACAAAAGUAGAAGAAAUUUCAAAAACAGGAGAGUAUUUACGAGUUAAACUACCACUGAAUCCAGCUGCUAGGGAAUUUAAACCAGAUGUAAAGUCCCAACCAGUGUCUGAUUUAUCUUCAGCAUCAGCUUCUGAAGAUGUGAAACCCAAACCUGUGCCUGCUGAUUCUCCCGAACCAGCUUGUGAAGAUGUGAAGCCCAAACUGGUAACCGAUGAUUCUUCUGCACCAGUUUUUGAGGAUGGGAAAUCCAAAGAGGUCACUGCUAAUUCUCCCAAACCAGUCUCUGAGGAUGCAAAUCACAUGCACCUUUCUUGUGAGUCUCCUACAAUAGUUACUGAGGAUGUGAAACUAACCUAUUGGACUCAAUCCCAUUUGGUCACAGGAUUCUGUACGUACGUUCCUUUUCAGAGAUUUGAUAUCUCCCAGGCAACUCCAACGUACAUAAACAUGUUACCAAGUUUGCCCCAGUAUGCCAGUCUAUUCGCACCUUUGGCCAGCAUUUCCUCUGAAUAUCAGCUGCGAAGAUCAGUACCAGUGGCGCCAUCUUUUGUAGCCGAUGACAGAGCAGAUAAAAAUGCUGCUGCAUAUAUUGAGGGUCAUCAUUUGAGUGCUGAGAAUGCCACUGGCAACCAGAUUGCUUCUGAAACACAGAUCCUUGAGGACUCUUUGGGAACAUCUGGAAAGUCACCGUGCAGCACAGGUGAUGCUGAUACAGUCCUGAGUGAGUCUAACAGAAAUGAUGGGCACUGUGGAAAUUCUGACAACAAAUGUGAAGUAAAUCUGGAAAGUACCAGUGCAGUAACAAACAUUCCACGUACACAGAUGGUCGCUGUACAGGUUUCUUGGAACAUAACAUACCAGGAAGUCAAUACUGAACCAUAUGAUCCUUUUGAGGCACAACAUGGGGAAAUCACACAGAUUGAAAAAGAGUACGAAGUAUUACAAGAGCAGCUUAAAGAAGCAUGUGAAAAUUAUGAGCAGAUAAAACUUAAGAGCUCAGAAGAGACCAGGGACCUGGAAGAAAAGCUGAAAAGGAAAUUAGAAGAAAACAAGAUCUCAAAGACAGAAUUAGAUUGGUUCCUCCAAGAUUUGGAAAUAGAAAUUAAAAAGUGGCAACAGGAGAAAAAAGAAAUCCAAGAAAGACUGAAAGCACUGAAGAAGAAAAUGAAAAAGGUUUCAAAUGGCAGUGAAAUGUUUACCCAGCAAAACGAUGGACAGGAUAAGGAAUAUGAAUUACAUCUGGAUCAGUCUCUUGAAAUCAGUGAUACAUUUACAAAUGAGAAAAUGAAAAUAGAAGAGUGUAUAAAGAAAGGGAAGGAGCAUUAUGAAGAGAGUCAUCAAAGAGCUGUGGAUGCAGAGAUAUCUGUGCUUGAAAACUGGAAGGAGAGCGAAGUGUUUAAGUUACAGCUCAUGGAGUCACAAGCAGAAGCCUAUCUGAAGAACCUGGGGCUGAUGAGUGAUUCUGAAGCAUAUCCCGACAUGGAGUCUGAUAUACAUUCAUGGGAAUUGUUUCUUUCUAAUGUUACAAAAGAAAUUGAGAAAGCAAAAUCUCAGUUUGAAGAACAAAUAGAGGCAAUUAAAAGUGGUUCUCGGCUCUGUGAACUUCCUGAAGUACAGAUUUCUGAGCUUUCAUUUCCUGCCUGUAACACAAUUCGUCCUGAGUUACUUCCCGAAUCUUCAGGCCAUGAUGAUCAAGGGCCUGGGGCUUCCCCAAGUGACACGGCUGGAGACCAGACAAUGGCUCAUAAGGGUCCAGGUCUCUUCUCUGCCGACGACUGCCCCGUGGAGGCUCCUCCUGUGCCGUCGCCAGGGCCUGAAAUCACUCAGCCCUCAGAGCCAAAGCGAGCUGGCCAGGCGGCUCCAUCAAAACAAAGCCCUGUGGCUGAUCAGACACUGCCUGCUCCUCCAGGACGUGCUGCUCGUACAAGCCAGUCUCCAAAAAAGCCGUUCAAUAGUAUUAUUGAGCACCUGUCAGUGGUGUUCCCAUGCUACAACAGCACCGAGCUUGCUGGUUUUAUUAAAAAAGUGCGAAACAAAAACAAGAACUUACUCUCAGGAUUGAGUAUUGAUGAAAUUGUCCAAAGAGUGACAGAACACAUUCUAGAUGAACAGAAAAAGAAAAAGCCAAAUCCAGGCAAGGACAAGAGGACAUCUGAGCCCAGCGCUGCUGCCUCUGUGACCAGGUCCUCCCAGGGCGCACCCUCGGUGAUUGUCGGACCAUCGCCCAAAACCAAGGGGCAGAAAACAGAAGGUGUCCCUGCAUUGGGCGCAGGUUCCUGUGAAUUAUGCCAUGAGGUGUUCAAAUCAAAAAAUGUGCGUGUGCUAAAAUGUGGGCACAAGUAUCACAAAGGGUGUUUUAAGCAGUGGCUUAAAGGGCAGAGCACUUGCCCAGCCUGCCGGGACCGGGAUCACCUGACAGAAGAGUAGCCUGCACCUUCUGGAAGAGGCCAGCCCGGUGAAAAUUGGGAACCAUCUUCCUGCUGCUCUAGGUAGUCACACUUCACUAAAGAGUAAAUCGCUGGCGUGUUGAAUUGGAAGAAUAACAAUAUACUACCUUUGGUAUAAAAAGCAAACAUUGGAAGACCCUCCUGCAUUAUGUACCACAAAGUUAAUAACUGGAAUUCUUUAACACAAUUGAUACUAUGUCAUUUCCCCUCUCUGUGUAAACACUUCAAAGGUAGCCAAGUAAUGGCUGAUAGAGUGAUAUGUGACCACAUUCUGACAUUGCUGGGGCUGCUCCGGAGGGGCUCUUUGACGUGGUGGCUUCUCUUGGAAACUGUUGUGAGUACCUCAAACAGUAUUUGAGUUAUAAGAAUUCUUAACAUAUUCAAGUGCACCAGGUUCCCCUUUUGUGUUUGAAAAACCUGUUCUAGUACUUCCACAGGACAGAUGAUAUCAACCUUUUAAAAAUUUUUAUAAGAUUCUAUAUUCCUGAAAAUAUGCCAACAUUUUUCCUCAAAGAUUAUGCAUUUUAAAAAUGGGCAUAAGCAAACUAUAUUUUAAUAAUUUAGUUAAUCAUAAAAUAUUGGCUGAUUUAGACCAAAAGAUUCAAGUCUCAUCUCCAUGAAAUGCCAUAUGCUUUCAUUUUUUCAUUAUUUUAUGUCCCCCCUUUGAUUUUUUUAAAUGUUUAUUUUUCAUCUUUUAAAGGUAUAGUCUGAUUUUUGAAAAUCAAUUACAGAACACUUUAUCAGUAUCAACCAAGACUUUUUACCCCCAAAGUUGAGUCUAUGUACUCAUCAUACCAGCCCUACAUUUGGAACUUACUCUUCAAAUACUCUACUACUCUUAUUAGCAGCAUUUGUCCUUCUUUGUGAGUCAGUCAACAAGUGCUUGGGUAUCUACACCCAGUGCAGUGCUGAGCACACAACAGGCUGUGUGUGGAAACAGUUACCAUCAUUCUCCUUCCUUAUCCCACCACCAAAAAGAGAAAUCGUGUAAUUAGACAAUCCUGAGGUGUCUGUGUUCCAGUCGUUCAGUAUUUGACAUUUGUGUAAAGUAAUGCAUGCAAUCUUGUGCUGUGGCCUGAGAUCAAAACUGUAACUACAUUAAAAACUAUUUAAAAAUUAGGUAUUGUUUUGUGGUGUAUAGACAGUGGUAAAUAUAGAAAUAUGAGUUCUGAACACAUUCCAUUUCUCUCAAACGUGAAGGAUCAAAAAAUGUUUGGAAACUUAAGAGUCACGAGUUUUUGAGCUCAUUGGUCACCUUCCUGUCUUUGUUCACCAUGAGUUUUGAUGUCUUAGUGGCUUAGUCUGUAGAAGCUCACUCCUUAUCUGGAAAUGGAUUCUCCAUGGUGGCCCCUGAAAUGUUGUCUGUAUGUUCGUAAGACUUGGGAGCUGUGGCUGUUGAGAUACACAGCGACCAGAUUGUAGCAACAAGUACAAAGGAGAAGAGCAUCUGAGUGACAGUGUUUUGUACCUGACUUCAGAAACUUGUGAGCGUACCUUACGUUUGUCCAGUAACUGCCGAAUAAAGAGCAUUCUAAAACA